AUGAGGGAGUGCAUCUCCGUCCACAUCGGGCAGGCCGGCAUCCAAGUCGGCAACGCGUGCUGGGAACUUUACUGCCUCGAGCACGGCAUCCAGCCUGAUGGCCAAGUGCCUGGAGACAAGACCGCGGGACACCACGAUGACGCCUUCAGCACCUUCUUCAGCCAGACUGGUGCAGGGAAGCACGUGCCCCGUGCAAUCUUCAUUGAUCUUGAGCCCACUGUGAUCGACGAGGUGCGCACUGGCACUUACCGCCAGCUCUUCCACCCUGAGCAGCUCAUCAGCGGCAAGGAGGAUGCUGCUAACAACUUUGCCCGUGGCCACUACACAAUUGGCAAGGAGAUUGUUGAUCUGUGCCUUGACCGCAUCCGCAAGCUCGCUGACAACUGCACCGGGCUUCAGGGCUUCCUGGUCUUCAAUGCUGUUGGUGGUGGAACCGGCUCUGGCUUUGGUUCACUCCUCCUUGCGCCUGUCUGUGGAGUACGCGUGCUCUCCACCCACUCCUUGCUGGAGCACACAGAUGUCUCCAUCCUGCUCGACAAUGAGGCCAUCUAUGACAUCUGCAGGCGCUCGCUCGACAUUGAGAGGCCCAACUACUCCAACCUGAAUCGCCUUGUGUCUCAGGUGAUCUCAUCACUUACUACUUCCCUGAGGUUCGAUGGUGCCCUCAAUGUGGAUGUGAAUGAGUUCCAGACCAACCUGGUUCCUUACCCGAGGAUCCACUUCAUGCUCUCCUCAUACGCGCCAGUGAUCUCUUCGGCGAAGGCCUUCCACGAGCAGCUGUCGGUGGCAGAGAUCACCAGCAGCGCGUUCGAGCCGGCUUCCAUGAUGGUCAAGUGCGACCCACGGCACGGCAAGUACAUGGCGUGCUGCCUGAUGUACCGUGGCGACGUGGUGCCCAAGGACGUGAACGCCGCGGUGUCCCUCAUCAAGACGAAGCGCACCAUCCAGUUCGUGGACUGGUGCCCGACUGGGUUCAAGUGUGGCAUCAACUACCAGGCACCGACGGUGGUGCCGGGGGCCGACCUCGCCAAGGUGCAGCGCGCCGUGUGCAUGAUCUCCAACUCCACCAGCGUCGUCGAGGUGUUCUCCCGCAUCAACAGCAAGUUCGACCUCAUGUACGCCAAGCGCGCGUUCGCUCGCACACUGAAUGCGUCGGCGAGGGGGCAUGGAGGAGGGGGAGUUCUCCGAGGCACGCGAGGACCUGGCCGCCCUGGAGAAGGACUACGAGGAGGUUGCUGCUGA